GUUAUUGAACAGGCUCCGUGGCGUGCGGUCAGAGCAGUUUUCACAAAGUAUCUUCAAAAGGAAAUAAGUGAAACAAGCACAAAUCUCAAUACUGAUUACCUAAUCAACAAGUUUUUACUUUUAAAAUGGUUAAGAAUCGUCGCUUUGAAGAUGAACCAGCAUAUGGUCUGGGUGUGCGGCACUGGCAAACUUUCCUCUUCUUCUUCGCGCUAACGGUGGCCUAUGCCCAACGCGUCAAUCUGUCUGUGGCCAUUGUGGCCAUGACAGAUGCUGAAGCAGCCAAUCCAAAUUUUCCGGAGUACGACUGGGCAGAGAAGACGAAAUCCCUGAUCUUGAGCAGCUUCUUUUGGGGCUAUGUGAUAACGCAAGUGCCCUCCGGUCAACUGGCACGCAAAUUUGGUGGCAAAAUCACUUUGCUGGUGGGUCUAUCCGUUUGCUCGGUGCUUAAUUUGCUGACACCCGUCUUUGCCGACUGGGGCAGCUGGCAGUUGGUUUGUGCGCUGCGUGUCAUGGAGGGCUUGUGCCAGGGCGUUGUCUUUCCAUCGAUUCACACGCUCAUCUCAGCCUGGGUGCCGCCCAAUGAGCGACCUGUGCUGGGCACCUGCGCCUAUGCGGGCAAUCAGUUUGGCACAAUUAUCAUGUUGGCCACGAGUGGACUCUUGGCCUCCUCGUCUAUCGGCUGGCCGAGCAUCUUUUACAUUUCUGGCGGCGUUGGCUGCGUUUGGUCCGUUUUCUUCUACAUUUGGGGCGCCAGCUCACCGGCUGAAUACAAGAAAAUCUCUGUGGAGGAGCGCAAGAUGAUUGAGAUGGCGCAGGCCAGCGAAUGCGUAUCGGAACAGCCCAAAGAGAACUUACACACGCCUUGGCUCAGUUUCUUUACGUCGCCGGCGUUCCUGGCGCUGAUUGUGGCGCACAGCGCCAACAACUGGGGCUUCUGGACGCUGCUCACCGAAAUACCCAGCUACAUGAAGAAUGUACUCGGCAAGGAUAUCAAAUCGAAUGCCUUGCUCUCCGCCCUGCCCUACUUUGCCAUGUUCUGCAUGUCGUUUGUCUUCUCGGGCAUUGCCUCGCAGCUAAACAAACGCAAUUGCAUCUCAACUGUGACCAGCCGGAAGCUCUUCAACUCGAUUGGCCUCUGGGUGCCCAUGUGCGCACUUAUCGGUCUGGCCUAUGUCAGCGCCGAGCAGAGUAAUCUGGCUGUCGUUCUGCUAACCAUAACUGUCGGCUUCAAUGGCGCCUGCUAUCUGGGCUUCCAGAUCAAUCACAUCGAUCUGUCGCCCAAUUUUGCGGGCAUUCUGAUGGGCAUCACCAACUGCGUGGGCAAUAUUAUGAGCAUCAUUGCGCCUCUACUUGUCGGAUUCAUUGUUACCAAUGAGCACGAUGUGGAACAGUGGCGCGUUGUCUUCUUCAUUGCAGCUGCCAUUUAUCUGGUGGGCAAUGGGCUGUUCAUCAUCUUCGGACGCGCCAGUGUUCAGUCCUGGAAUGAUCCACCUGCCAAGCCACGUCGCAACUCCACGCCUCAGGUAGAGUCUCAGCAUUGAAAGAGAGAGACAACGAGAGAGAUAGAGAGAAUAUAGCUAGUCAUCUAGUUAACAUUUCCAGCCCACUAACUGCUUCGGUCAGCGUUCGACUGAAGCCAAUCACUUUAAAUGUAAUGCGAGAGUUGAUGUAUUCUAACAU